AUGCUUUGCAGCAGACGAGUCCGUUCCCAUGAUUCAUCACUCACAAAUUUGAAUGCCUACAAUCAAAAUUGUCAAGUAAGAGUGCAUAUCGACCAUCAACAAUUUAAAACCCUUAAGUGUGAGAGUUAACAUCAAAUCGAUUAAAAAAAGUUUUGUCCUUUUUUUCAUGAUGAAUCUGACCGAAGACGCGAUCUUAAGGAGCAAUCAUACUAGUAAAUAGGAAUAACAAUUAUUUUUUUUAUUUAUAGAUGCUAAUUGUGUCCAUAAGCAAAUAAAUGCCCAAGAGGAGAUUAGUGCUAAUGGUCUCACAAUAAGGUUGAGCAAGUCUAUCACCCAAAUCGAUAUAAAACAAAAUAUUGUACUCAUUUAAAGGAUUGUGAAUAUGGGGUUUACUGCUCAUUUGCUCAUUCGGAGCAAGAGUUAAUUAUCCCAGUAAAAUUGGAUGGAAUGGUUUAAGAUAAAAAUUUUUGGCUGUAUCAAUAUAAAACAGUGUGGUGUCCUCAUACGGUCAAUCAUGAUAGAGCAUCUUGUGUAUAUGCUCACAAUGCUUAGGAUUUUAGAAGAGAUCCAAAAAUAUUGCAGCCAAAAGAAUGUCCUCAUUGGAACAAAACAAAUCAAAUUUUAAAUUAUGACAAGGGAGGAUGUCCAGAUUAAGAAGCCUGCCAAUAUUGUCAUGGAUGGAAGGAGUACGAAUACCACCCUUUGAUCUAUAAAACUAAGCCUUGUACAUAGUAGAGCUGUUCGAAGAAAUAAGGAGAAUGUGCUUUCUUUCAUUCUGAAUAGGAGAAAAGGGUGCGCAAGUAAGUUGCAGAAAACUCUUGGGUUAUUGAAGAACCCAACAUUCAUCUAGAAGCGAAAAGACAGCCCUACAAAAACACCUCAAAUUAUUCGGGGCCUAUCAUACCCAAUUAUAUUCCUUAAGAUUACUAGAACAGGGAGAAGAUGGAAAUAGGAUAACCCUUUUGUUAAUAGUCACUCACCAACACUAAAACUUCUGAUUCUCAAUCUAGAAGAGGUUCUGAUUUUUCAGAUGGUUACAAAACACAAAAGAAGAAACUCAAUAGUUAAUAACAACAAUAUUAAUCUCAAAAAAAGCCUCGCACUGCUCCUGUUACUCCAGACCAAAAAUAGUUAAUGGGUAGCAAUUACACUAUGAAAAUACAAAAUAAUGUACAAACUAAUUCUUAUCUUACUUAUUCGAAAAAACUCUAUGAAGAAAUUUUGAAGUUACAAGAAGGAGAGUAUAUCUAUAAGAUUCUCUAAGGUUUCAAAAUAUAAGAGAAGAGGCUUAUGUAGAUGAGUGAUGAGUAAAUCCAGGAACUCAAUCUCACUGAGCAUCAAAUAACUCAACUUAUUUAGGCAUUAACAGCCAUAAAAUAAGAACAAAGAUAUGAUGAAACUUGUGGAGAUGAAAUUCUUAGUUUGAUUUCAAACUAAGGCAAAUUUUGAAAUUUUCAAUAUACAUAAAUAUGACCAAAAAUCAAUUUUUCCAAA